AUGUUAUUAUUUAAUACUAUCUAUUCAGCAACUCUUACAAAUAUAUGUCCUGAUACACCUUCGUGCAAUUGUACACUUACUAAUGAUACAGAUUUAAAUAUAAUUUGUAAUUCAACAUCAUCUCCUACACAAUUGCCUACACUCUCACCUAGUACACUUCAAACUAAUGUUAAAGUAUUACAUAUUAGUUCAUCAAUAACUAAUACGAAAGGUCCACUAACAACUUUACCAACAAAUAUUUGUUCUUAUCCAAAUCUUGCUACACUUGAUUUAUCAUCAAAUAAUAUAAGUGGUUUAUUAAAUACAUCUGAGCUUGCUUGUUUAGGUUCAAAUUUACUUCAUGUUGAUUUUUCAUAUAAUAAUAUAAAUGAAAUUGAUGUAAAUUUUUUUCAAGCAAAUCGACAAUUACAAACAAUAAAUUUUUUUCAAAAUAAUUUAACAUCAAUGCCAUUAAUUGAUGGAGAAUAUUUUGUUAAUUUUCCUUCAACAAUUAUAUCAAUGAAUUUUAGUUAUAAUCAAAUAAUUAGUGUAGAUUUUUGGCCUCUAUUUGUUAUCACAAAAAAUACUAUGGAAAUUGAUAUGAGUAAUAAUUUAAUUGAAAGUUAUACAAAUACAGUUCCAAUAUCUUUAGCACAGUUUACUCAACCACCAGAUCCACGAUAUUUUUAUUUAAAUAAUAAUAAACUUAAAAAUUUAUCUGAUCUUUUACUUGAACAAUAUGGUGCAUGUCCAACAACAAAUUCAAUAAGUACAGCUUUUUUUAUUGUUGGAAUAUCUAAUACAUUAUUAACAAAUAAUUCAUUAAUAUGUGGUUGUGACUCUUAUAACUUAAUAACAUAUAUUAAUGAUAAUAUAUAUGAUUUUCCUGAAAUUAAUAAUCGUACUGCUUUAUUAACACAAGCACAAUGUUCAUCACCUUUAUCAAUGACUGUACAACAAUAUAUUUUUACAAAUUUUACUGAUUUAAAUAAUUGUGAAAAUUAUAUAUUACCAAAUAUUACAGAUAUUUUUUGUUCACUCUAUAUAAAUGAUAGUAGAAUUACAUUAACACCACCUACUUAUUGGCCAAAUACAACAACAACAAUAACAACAACAACACAGACAUACAAUACUAAUACAGCAACAGGAACAAAUAAUGGAAAUACAAAUGGUUCAUCAACUUCUGUUACAUGGUAUAUUAUCUUGGGUAUAGUUCUUGGUUUAGGAGUUAUUUUAGCAAUAAUAACAGUUAUGUGUUAUCUAUAUCAAAAGAAGUUUUCUCCAAAAACAUAUCAAUUAAAUGCUACGAAUCAUGUUCAAACUGAUGAAAUAAAAUCACAUCGUAUUUCAAUGGCAACAUCUGCAUGUGAAUUUGAUGAUCAAGGAAAAGAAACACAAUUGAAUGAUGAUGAUUUACAUUCAAAUUUACCAAAGAAUUAUUCAUCUUCAAAUGAUCAAAAUAAUCCUGAACAAGAAACUCAAACAUCUUUUCAACCUGUUCGUUCAAAACCACCUACAGGUCGUUUACCUUCAGCAUAUAGUUCUCAACAAAUAGAUAAUAAUCAUAUACAAAAUUCUUUACAUCGUAAACGUAAAUUAUCCGUUCCAUCAGCAGCAACUGAUAUGGCAACAAAUACAACAAACGUUGUUAAAGGUAUUCCAAUACCAGCAGGAUCAAUAAAAUCUCAAUCUAUAAUUUCAAAUAAUACUGAUACAACACCUAAUGCUAAUAGUUCUCAAUUAAGUAUUGCAUCUAUUCCACUUGUACCAUCAAAACGAGCAAAACUUUUACCACAAGUUAAAAGUGGAAUUUAUACUGAUUCAAAAAAUGAUAAUUUAUUAAAUACAUCAGCAGGUGCACUUGUAACUAAUCAAAGACAACGACGACGUAGUUCAAUGUGGAUUCGAAAACAAACUCAAAAUAUGGUAUCACCAUUACCACCUCGACCUCAAUCAAUGGUAACACAAAAAAAUACAUUAUUUGAUUCUGAUGCAUCAUUUGAUGAAAGUAUACAUUGGACUCCAACUAUGGAAAGUUUAACAAAUAAAUCAUCAAAACCUUUACGUACAGUACCAUUACUUAAUAUUUCUGUUGUACCAGCUUGGAAUGAUGAUAGUAAUGAACAACUAUGA